AUGGAAGAAGGUGAAUGGUUGUCUGUGCAACAAGUUGAAUUUUGGAAUUUACCAGAAGAUAGCAGUAGUAGAAGAAUGAAGGGGAUAUUAAAGUUGAGUUACGAUCAUCUGCCAUCAUAUUUGAAACGUUGUUUUGCGUAUUGUUCAGUAUUCUCCAAGGGUUAUGAAUUUGAUAUAAAAAUGUUGAUACAAUUAUGGAUGGCUGAGGGAUUCCUUGGAAGCAAACAAAUGGAGGACAUCGGCAAUGAAUAUUUCAAUAGCUUAUUGUCGAAUUCUUUCUUUCAAGAUGUGGAGAGGGACGAUUACGGAGAUAUAAAGAGAUGCAAGAUGCAUGAUCUUGUACAUGAUCUUGCACAAGUUGUCGGAAAGCUUGAAUAUUCCACCAUGAAGCCCAAUAAUGUGGAAUACAUUUCUGAUGAAGUUCGUGGUUUGUCACUUUCUUCAGAUUAUGAGGAAACAUUAAUUGAAAUUCCACAAGCCUGGGAAAAGGCAAAGAAAUUGAGGACAACAUUAAUGUUUCUCCAAGGGUCUUGGAAAUGGCAAAGUAAUCAAUUCGCCUCAAUUAUUGACAUGUUGAUGAAUUUCCAAAGCUUACGAGUGUUGGAUGUAUCAAGUUGUGGGUUGAAGGAGGUACCACCUUCAAUAAGAAAAUUGAAACAUUUAAGGUACCUUGACCUCUCAAAUAAUUCGUUUGAAGUGUUGCCUGAGUCUAUCACUAGCCUCUACAAUUUACAGACGUUAAAACUCAAAGGUUGCUAUAGACUCCGAGAGCUUCCCAAAGAAAUGGGAAAGAUGGUUAGCCUGAGACAUUGA